AAUAAUCCUAAGAAGUCAAUACCUGCUUUUGUCGUCCGCAUCUUCAUAACCUCUAUCUAUAUAUCCAUCACCAAACCUCUCUAAUUAUUUUUAUAAAAGAACUUUCAUAAUAUUCGUCUUCUUUAAAUCGUAACCACAACACUCUCAUCUUCAUAAUCCUCAGCUCCUCACUUGUCAUUAAAUCAAAAUGAAUCAGUCCGAGCAGAAUCACUUUUCCGUGGAAAAGCCUUCACAAACUUCGUUGGGGGCGUACACAAGUACACCGCCGAUUGGUUACCCGACCAGAGAUGCGAUAGUUGGUGAUCCUCCGGCCGUCGCUGUGGAGACUAAGUCUAAGGGCGAUGGAUUUUGGAAAGGAUGUUGUGCUGCCAUAUGCUGCUGUUGUGUCCUGGACGCAUGCUUUUGAUGAUCAGACUUCGGAAUUGACGCUUUCAUGAAAAUUAUUAUUGCUGUAAUAAAAAACAAUUUGAUGCUAGUUAUGUUACGUACUCUCUGUAUGGAAUAUAUUCUGUGGAUGGUUGUUAUGUUUUAUAUUAAGUGAUUAUAUAUAUUGCAGUGAA